AAAAGGAUAUGAAUGUGGUAUGUGCAUUAUCGCAUCUUUAUAGUAUUUAGUAGCGCCUGACAUAUGCUCGAUUUCAUUAAUUUAGGUGCCACAUUUUUGGUACCUGUAUUGGUACAUAUUUCAUUAUCCUAUAAAGGAUACUAUGUUGGUACCUGUAAUGGUUCUUGUUUCAUUAUCCUGUAAAGGAAGAAUGUUUUAGUACCUGUAAUGGUUCUUGUUUCAUUAUCCUGUAAAGGACACAUGUUUUAGUACCUGUACGGGUACAUUUUUUCAUUAUCCUGUAAUGGACACAUGUUUGAACCUGUAAUGGUACAGUUGUACAGUAGUCAGUAUACUGUAUUGGACACUUGCACCUGUAAGGGGCAAAUGUUAUAUCUGCUAUUCACAAAAUGACAUUAAAAUUACCAGUACUUGCAAGUGUACUUCUAUAAAUUAUAAUAUGUAUGAUUAGGCUGAUUUUUCAACUAUGUGUCGGGGUGUUUAUAAAUACACAUAAGCACCCUACAUAGAUAUAAAUGCACUGUAGAAUGCUUAAGUUUAGUUUCUACUUGUAAUAGUACAUCUAAGUUAAAUAUUUGUAAUAGUAGUUUAUAUAAUAGUUUCCGUAAAUUACUUGCAUACAUGUACAACUACAUGUAGGAUAUUGCCAGAUUAGAAUGUGUACUGGUAAUAGUGUCUAUGUUUAGUACUUGUAAUAGUACUUUUAAUUAAUAUUUAUACAUACAUUACAGUUUGCUCUUACAUUUAAAUUUUAAUAUAAAAUUUAAGCACGAAAGGAUAUGUUUUUUGUUUAAGACCUAAAGUUCCUAUCAUGAUAUAUACAUGGCUUCAUCGAUUUCCAAAUACAUCAUUUUCAGUCUACUUAAUUAAGCAAGUAUAUGUAAAUACAGAAUACAUGUAUAAAAAGCUAGAAUUGAUCUGCGGUUUUACAAAUAUGUUUGUUUAAGAAGUAAUGGUUAAUGUCAUAGCAAAAUGAGUGCUAUAUUACUGUAUGGAGGGCAGCUAGAUAUUUUUAUUUGACAUAUACGGUGGUAUGUACUUUAAUUUAAAUUAAAAAAUUUUUCAGACAAUAUGCCACCAAAGCGCAGCCGUAUUGAACCAAUGGUAACCCGUACGAAGUCUAAACGGCAAAAACAAAGUUCUGAUGACAACACGGAGACAGCAACUCAAAACAAUAACUCUUCCAUUUCGCAAAAUGAUGUAAUAUCAAUAGUGGACGCUGUCAUUUCGACAAUGGAGAAAAGAGGUCUUGUGGCCAAUACAUGCGCGCCGCCAUCAGAGCAAAAUGUCACUGAACUGCCUUCCUCAUCGAGCAUCACAAAUUCCACCACCGAAGCUAAUCGUGUACAUAACGAAAUUGACAAUGGAAAUCCAGUAAAUGUGGAAACACAAGUUCGGGAAAUAUUUUCUGGAGGGCACAAUGUGCAUUCCCACCAGCCUACUGUAUGUAACAUGCCAAACCCUAUUGCCAUGCAGACAGUGCAUAGUCAUACUACACCAGUUAUUCCGGGAAAUGCGAAUCAGACAGGUAUUGCUCCAAUUAAUUCAUUGGUAACAUAUAAUUUAGCACCAGGUGCUCUCAUUCCAGACAAAAUGAAACAAGCAAUAUGGAGUAAUGAGUUUGUGGAACUACAUAGUCUGCUGAAAACACAACCUGAAGAAAUGACUCUAACAUUAAAUGCUAACAAUGAACUGGUCAUGAUGCCUAAGUCAUCUCCUAAAGCUAUGUCAAUAAAUUCUUGGAUUUCAGCAUUUACCAUUUAUAUGGACAUUUAUGUACAAGCUCAUCCGAAUGAGUUCUCACCUCUUUUAACAUACAUGAAUAUCAUAAGAGAUCUGGAUAGAGGGUAUGGGCAGGCAGCUUUUAAUUUCUAUGACCGGUCUUUUCGCUCACAUCGUCAAACGAAACAAUUACCAUGGGGCACUAUUCAUUACGAAUUGUGGGUAAAAUCAACUUCUUUGCCUAUUCGCACCCAAAACAAUGAUAGUUUCACACAAAACACUUCUAAGCGUUAUUGCUAUGACUUUAACAAAAGAAAAGGUUGCACAAAACGUUUUUGCCAAUAUGCCCACAUUUGUGGUAACUGCAGAAAAAACCAUCCAAGUUACAAAUGUUUCGGACUACAAACUAGCCAAUAUAACACAAAAGCUGCCUCACCACGCCCUCUUUCCACUUCAGCUCCAUCACAGAGUAAUGUAAUUAAACAACAUUCCUUUCGUAACAACCCCAAUAAGAAGUAAAGUAUUGGAAAUAUACCUUCAGAACUAUGAUUCACAAGAAAAACAAUUUUUAAUUCAAGGUUUCCAAUGCGGCUUCCGUAUCCAACUUGACAACAAUUCUUCUUUUCAUUCUAAUGAGCGAAACCAUCCAUCAGCUCUCUCAAACAAAGCUGUUGUGGAUGCUAAAAUAAAUGAGGAACUUGAGGCGCGAAGGAUCAUGGGACCUUUUUCUGUUAAACCUUCUAAUUUAGUAUGUUCUCCUUUGGCAUUAAUCCCCAAAAAAGAA